GUAUUUAAUAAAUACAUUCCUCUCGAUAUUAUUAAACGAUAAUCUCCACAUUUUUUUACGGUCAAAGUGUCCACGGGCACACCGUGGUAACGACAGAGGCAUCUCCCCGUUCGUUUUGCAUUGCGAUGUCGCAACUGUGCAAUGCCAUUGGUGGAGCUGCGCUAGUGGAUUUGAUUACAUUUUUGUGAUGUUUUUUUUUAAAUAUAUAAUACUAGUGAUUAAACACGUAGAAGUACCUGAAGUGAUUCGUUGGGAUUUCUCGCUAUUAACGCUUGUUAUUGCUCACUGUUAAUAACCUGAAGGGGCUUCGGUGUGACCGUCCAUCGGCUAGUUAAGCUGCCCGUGUCGAUGCGCCGGUGUCGGCAGAGGUAGGUAGGCCGCACGAGCUGAGUGCGGUGGUCAUUCUCGACAUCGUUCAAAGUCAAAGGUGGUCGGCAGAUGGCAGUACAGCAAGUGGGCCCUUGAACUUGUCUGCGUGGACCGUUGCUUGGCCAACUUGGGAGACUGUCUUCUGAAUUAUUAUUGACAAAUAUAAGAAAGGGGAAAAUGGCGUUGAGUAAAGGAUUUCGAGUGCUCCAAAAGAGUGAACAGAACCUCUACAGUGUGAUUUUGGAAAACCGGAACCGUGAAGAAUGCCUUCUUUUUGAAUCUGGAGCCAUCGCAGUGCUGUCUGCUGCUGAAAAAGAGGCGGUGAAAGGACAGUACAACCGCCUUAUGGAUGCAUAUGGAUGUCUUGGCAUGCUGCGCCUCAACAUGGAUGGUAAAGGCGAGGUGAUUCUGCGCUACCUGGUGCUGGUGACGGGCUGCGCAUCAGUGGGCCGCAUUGUUGACUCGGAGGUGAUGCGUAUCACGAGCGUCGAGAUGGUGAGCCUGCAAGGAGACCCGUCGGACGAGGACCGUGUUGCAGACCUGCGGCGCCUGCUUUCCACUGGCACCUUCUACUUCUCCAGCAGCGGCGGCGUAGGCAACACUUACGACCUGAGCAUCAGGGCUCAGUUGCAAGGCCAGGGCGACCCGGCGCAACAUAACCCAUUCUGCUGGAACGCGGCGCUGCACGUGCCGUUGCGGCAGUGUGGCGUGGACUGUGGGGCAUGGCUUCUACGAAUCAUGUGCGGCGGCGUGGGUGUGCGCACGCUGUACGCUGCGCACCAGCAGGCCAAGGUGUGCGUGCUGGCGCGGGUGAGUUGUGCCCGUGCUGGCACACGCUUCAAUGUAAGGGGUGCUGAUGACUCCGGGCAGGUUGCCAACUUCUGCGAAACUGAGCAGAUAAUUUUUAUAGACGAUGAGGUGACUUCCUUUGUCCAACUCCGUGGGUCGGUGCCUCUAUUUUGGGAGCAGCCAGGGCUACAGGUGGGAUCACAUCGUGUCAAAAUGUCACGGGGUUACGAAGCAAAUGCCCCAGCUUUGGACAGACAUUUUGCAAUGCUGAAGGAGCUAUAUGGCAAGCAGAUGGUGGUUAACCUUCUAGGGAGCAAAGAGGGAGAGCACAUGCUAAGCAAGGCUUUUCAGAGCCACAUGCAGGCAUCUCGCCAUGCCAGCGACAUCCCCAUGCUCAACUUUGACUACCACCUGCUACUCAAGGGCAGCAGCCAGCGGUCCGAGAGACUCCAAUCUGGGUUGGGAAACAAGGUGCGCCCCUUUCUGGAGCAAUGCGGCUUCUACUGCUUCCAUGAAGGUGUUGUGAGCAGAGUCCAAAAAGGGACCGUGAGAACAAAUUGCUUGGACUGCCUGGAUCGGACAAACUCUGUGCAGACCCAUUUUGCCGUUGAUAUGCUGAAGAGGCAGCUCGAGGACCUGGGCCUGGCUGAGAAACCCCAGAUGGUUGCUCGUUUUGACGAGGUGUUCCGUGCCCUCUGGUCUGCAGUCGGAGACCUGGUCAGCAAAAUGUAUGCCGGCACUGGCGCACUCGAGGGAAAAACCAAGCUGAAGGACGGCGCACGUUCCGUGACGCGCACCAUCCAGAAUAACUUCUUCGAUGGCGCCAAGCAGGAGGCCAUGGAUCUGCUCCUUCUGGGAUGUGCGCUCAACAGUGAGGCGGCUGACAAGGCCCGCACGCUGAUCUCGCCCACCACGCGUGGGGCUGAAAACUUCCUGCAGACAGCGUCUGCCCGCUUGCUGCGCUCGUUGUGCGAGCGUCAUGGAGAGUACACGCACCCAAAACGGCUGCGCGUGGCUAUCGCCACUUGGAACGUGAACGGGGGAAAAACCACGCGCAGCAUUGCCUUCAAGCACCAGACGCUGUCAGACUGGCUGCUGGACAACCACAAGCAAGCUGCCAUCUCUCAGUUUCAAGCAGAUGACACUCCUGUAGAUGUGUUUGCAAUCGGGUUCCAAGAGAUGGUGGAGCUAAAUGCGGGAAACAUCGUGAGUGCCAGUACAGAAAAUCAGAAGCGUUGGUCAGUAGAGCUGCAGAAGACAAUCUCACGUGAUCACAAGUACAUCCUGCUGACCUCCGAGCAGCUGGUUGGGGUUUGCCUCUUCGUCUUCCUGCGCCCUCACCAUGCGCCUCACGUCCGGGAUGUGGCUGUGGACACGGUGAAGACAGGCAUGGGGGGUGCAACUGGGAACAAGGGUGGUGUAGCCAUCCGCCUCCAGAUGUACAGCAGCAGCCUUUGCUUCGUGUGCUCACAUUUCGCCGCCGGACAGUCGCACACACGCGAGCGUAACGAAGACUAUGCGGAGAUCGCUCGCAAACUUUCCUUCCCAAUGGGUCGCGGAUUGUUUUCCCAUGACUACGUCUUCUGGUGUGGAGAUUUUAACUACCGGAUCGACCUGUCUGGGGACGAGGUGAAGGAACUCGUGCGACAGAAGAACUGGGAGACCUUGCAGCAGGCUGACCAGCUGGUGCAGCAGCGCAACUUGGGCGCGGUAUUCCGUGGGUUUCACGAAGGCCGAACAAACUUUCCGCCCACAUACAAGUACGACAUUUUUUCUGACGACUACGACACAAGCGAGAAGUGCCGCAUCCCGGCCUGGACGGACCGUGUGCUGUGGUAUCGCCACAAGUGGGCCUUCGAGAAGAGUGCUGACGAGCUAGACUUAGUAAAUCUACCUGCCGGAGUGGAGCCUCGACUGCCUCACUUGUGGAACCCCGGAACACUAAUCCACUACAGCCGCGCUGAGCUCAAGACAUCCGAUCACAGGCCCGUGAUCGCUCUGAUUGACGUGGAUUUAUUGGAGGUGAGCCCAGGCUCCAUGCAGGGGGUGUUGAGGGCAGCAAUUGCUGCCCAUGGACCACCGGAUGCAAGUGCAGUGCUGUCCCUCGACUCUGGCGAGGAGUUUGAUGACGCUUGCAUUGAGCAGCUUCUGAGGAUCUUGGCGGGCUAUGGGGAUGUCACACUUGUCCGAUUUGCAGGUAAUGACAUGGUGGUUACUUUCCGAGACAGUCGAUCCGCUUUAGAAAUUCUCUGCAUCAAUGGCAUACAGGUUCUGCGCCACAUCCUGCACGUGAGGCUGAAGAGCCCAGAGUGGAGCAGCAUGCUGGAGGAGGAGCUGGUGCAGAGCGCCGGUGACAUGCAGGCCACAGGCGCCAUGCUCACGCACAACUCCAGCCUGCUGGAGGAUGACGCCUCUUUGCCCCCGGCAUACUAUGCAAUCGAGGAUGAACAGGAUGAAAUGGCAGACGCAGAGGAAGGUGGGACGCAGGAUCAGCUGACAUCAGGCAUGGCCAUUGACCCAAGUGUCUCUCCCCGUCCAUCUCCAAAACCCUCCCCUUGCCCGUCGCCGACUCACGGUGAGGGCCGAGAUUGGCAGAGCUUUGGGAAACAGACAAGUGAAUCCCUGAGCAAGCCAGCUGGCCCUCCUGCCAAACCUCCACCUCCACAGAGACCUCCACCCCCCAGUGUCAAGAGCCAACCUGGUCCUGGCUCAACCAUUCUACAGCCCACAUCUGCUUCUGCUCCUCGCUCUCAAGACUUGCCUCGUGUUCCAAGUCGCCCACCCCCCCCACUUCCAGCAACCCCUCCACAACACAGAAGUGCAGCUGUUGCCUCUUCAAGCCCGGAGAUCGCAAAAUCGAGAGCUCCUGUCAACCUACCCGAGCCACUGCUGCCCUCUGCUGCUGCCACCUCUCCACAAAACCUAUCGCAGCCUUCUCCCUCACUACCUGAACCCAUGCUGCCGCAAUUAGCACAUUCUAACCAAAUACAGCAGCUGCUCAUACCCAUGCUACCAACUCAGUCUGCCCCUUCCCCAUUGCCUGAGGCCAUGCUGCCUUCACCAGCUGCUUCGUCUCCUAUGCAGGAGCCCAUGGUGCCCUCUCCUUCCACACAGGCUCAGUUCUUAGGCACACAGCCUCCAUCCCCUUCCACUCAAGGCCUCUUGCAGGCCAUGGCUACCUCCGCCCCUCAGGCUCCACCGAGAACCAGGUCUACGCAGUCCAUUCCACAUGCUGAACCCCCUGUCCCUCUGAAGCGAUCAAGCAGUGCCAAUGUGCUAACACCCUCCCUCGUGGUGUUCAACAUUGGUGAAGAGUCAGGUGAUCCCAACCGUCAGGUUCCAAUCCCACCUCAACGACAACGAACCCUCCAUGCCAGGCCUUCUCCCAUCUCUGCUGAGCAGCCGUUCAACUCGAAUGUCCUCCCUCCUGUUCCAGCCAGCCGCCAAGUUGCCGCAACCAAUCCUUUCAUAAAGCCUUCUAUGUUAGGCCCACUUUCUGCCACCCUGCCAGUCACUGUUGACAACGGUUCAGUUCUAAGUAAUUGCCAUCCUGUACCACCAACCCGUACAGAAUCUCCCUGCCAGCCACUGGACUUCCUCAGCAACCCUCCUUUUGCAAAUAAACCAAUUGUGGCUAACAAUUUGGCGUCCAGAAUUCGUCCACCAGUUCCUGCAGAGCUACCAGUUGUCUUCAACAGUUGCCCAGAAAUUAGGAGUGGUGUGGCUGCAAAUAACUUAAAUGGUUUGAAGGAGAGUCAAAUGACAUGUCCUCGUUUACAGGCCCCACCUAUUCCUCCACGUAUUGUAGCCACUUGCAGAAUGUCUCCCAACCCCUUUGUAGUACCGGAAGAAGCAUGUUCAGUCACUGCGACAUUAUCGUCAUCGACGUCCCUACCCACACCCGCUUUCCGGACUGCCCAUUCGACUCCUUUGUUAAAUCCAUUUGUGGCGUCAAUUUCGUCGUUACCUCCUUCAUCCUCGUUAUCAUCUAUGCAGCCACUGUCAUCGUCCAUCUCCACAGAGGCCAUCUGGAAUGUCAACCGGGAAGUUGCACCCCCCAGCAUAGCUGCUAGGGACCAGUUGACCGUAACUUCUAACCCCAAGCCAUCGACAUUACCUAAAGGAUGGGUAACUUUCGACGGCUGAUGGGAAUUACUGUGAAGUAGUGUUUUGUGACAUUGUGAUCUGCGUUGGUUUUGAUAUAAGGGGCAGCAUUGACAUGUAUUCAGGGUGGCAGCGUUUGGCUCAGGGAAUGUUCUCCAGUCCAGGAUUCUCAAAUUUAAACCACAUUUUACAUGCCACUUCUUUGUUAUGUCCCUUUAUGGCUGUUAGAGAUGACAUGCAAAAUAUAGUGUACUUGUGUCUAGAGGAAUUUGCAAGUGAGCAGUAUGUAAAUUGUUUUGGCUACUCACUCGGAAAGUGGAUUCACUAUAUUUUUUAUUAAAAUGCCAGCAAUGCAACAUUGUUUUUAUACUUUGCCCCAAAAGUUAUUGUUAUUUGUAAUAAUUUUUAAGUUCUCCAUACAUAAUAUUUUUUUUAUCUGGGUUUACACAUAUCCUUGAAUUGUCUUGGUUUUCAUGUUUUACACAUCGCAACAACGAACAAACGAGAGCCCUGAUUACAAUUUAGGAAGUUGGCAUUGUAGGAAGAUUCCUAUUUGUUGCGAGAGCAGGUGACAAUUAUUUGUUUAAGCACUUUUAAACAUUGUGCUUAGGCACAGCUAUGUGCAAUUUGUACAAUGGGAAUUUUUCGAUUUAGAGCUUUCGUGACUGCAGGGAUUCAUAUUCUUGGUUCUUUCGGUAAAGUCAUGUAGAAGGGAAAUAAAAAAAAAACAACUAACAUUCUCACGACGUUUCGAUUGCAACACAAGCAAUCGUCAUCUGAUGACCUGAUGAUGAUUGUUUGUGUUGCAAUCGAAAUGUCUUGAGAAUUUAAUUGUUUUAUUUUUUAUUUCCCUUCUACGUGACUUUACCGAAAGAACCAAGAAUAUGAAUCGGAAUUUUGACAAGCACAUAACCUGUUUAACGUUCCAUGCCACUUAAAUUUCAACCACUAUGCUGCUAAUUUGUAAUGUGUUGAUAUUUUGUUGAUAAGUUUAGAUUAAAUUAGCGGGCAUGAUCUAAGAGUACUAUUAUUUUGACCUUGUAUCUUAUUUUUCAUCUGCGUGGAGCAUUUUGUUUUUAUUUUUCAAAUGUUUAGUUUUUAUUACAGUAAAUGGCUGUUACAAAUGUAAGGUUUUCAUUCCUUAAGGGUAUUAUACUCAGUGUUAUCGACGAUGGCCACAUUUUAUGUUGGUCACUACUGCCAUUUAAACAGUAAAAUGUAUUAUGAUGGUUUAUUCUGAGGCUUGGAAUGGAACAUGGAAUACCACUAAGAUAAGCACAAAUUAUAUAGUAUAUCUAUAUAGCUCCACAGAUCAAGACUUCCACAGAAUUCAAGAAAAGGCAGCUUUCCUUUCUAUAAAUCAAGACAAGGGGAGCUGUCAGGUUUUUUGUUCGAAAUUGUUCAAAUUUUGCUUAAUGACAUGUCAUGAGAUGAAUACAUUUCUGUUUGGAUACCCUUUUGAAGAAAUACAUUUACGUCAUCCCAUUUUGGAGAAUGGCCUGAAGAUUAUAUCAACUACUUAUGAGAUACUUUCAGUUGCCUCUUGCCCACACGAAGGGCACUACAUUUUCUCACACUGCAAAUAUACGUCACGUAACAGUCUAUUUGAUAAUUUUUUCAGUUCCAAAAUCUAGCACAUAACGAAUUGGGUGGCAACAAAGUGUAACGUGCUAGUUUUUGUGUAGUCAUUUGCGAGUGGAAUUAAGACGAACACUACCUAUGACAACCCAGUUUUGUCACGUGGUUGCGUUGAUUUAAAUCCAGGAUCCCAGCAGUGCUAGCUCAGUGCUGUGACAUGUGGCAUUAAUCCUCUCAGCCAUCCGGCUUCGUAGGGGGUUUUGUAGCCACCUGCAAUAACCAUUUCACGACCCCUUCAUCAGACACAUUUGAUCCGUAGUUAGUACAGUAGUAGUUCCAUGUGUUACCUGCAAGCUUUAAGCAGUCAUGAGGUGCUCACGUGAUAGCGAUCACUGUUAUCAGUGCUACCCAUAAUCAUGAGCUAAUCACGUGCAGAAUUACUGCUGUUAUAUGAGUGCAGCAUCACUCCGAUGAGGGUAGCAUGGACGUGCUUUACCAUUAAUAUUCCAAAGUGAAAGUUAAUGUAUUAACCACUAACCAUAUCGUCCAAUGAUGUAUCUACCAAAGAAAUUAAUUUUGAGAUUAGUUUCCCCUGCGAGUGGAUUUAGGCCUGGCAUGAGAUACCACUAUCGCAAUGUUAUCCUGGGACUAAAUCAGCAAUUGGAGCAUGUAUCGAGUUUACUACUUGCACCGUUAAAUCAUUUCCAUGGACUCGCGCGUGUGCUUACUAUGGAGCUGAUAUGCCAGAUUGUGUUAUGCUGCAGCUGAGCCCACAUGUCUUGAAAUGUCAAACAACACGUGCUAUAUAUCCCGUGUGUAUAUUGCUGAGCACUGCUGAAGAAUAUUUCAACAAUGAUAUAUGUGUGUGUGUGCAUAUAUAUGGGGAGUGGUAGUGUAGUGGUUCGCACGCUGAACUAUGCACUCAGUAACCCGAGAUCGAUUCCUGGUCACGACCCGCAGGGACGAUUAUCGGAACCGGUCCUGAGCCUCCCCUAGGUAGAUUCAGCCUGAAAUUACUACCUGGUGUGUGUAAGCACCGCUACUGGGAAGACAUAGGCGGCUGGGCGUGGUGCUGGCCACCCGCCCGCUUGUCUGCUGUGCCAGCAUUCAUAGUUGCUCACUAACAGCGCAUACCCCAACAGUCUGUUAUGGCUAUACAGGGGGUCUUUGUCCUUCACAGAAUAUUCUACAUCUGGCGCGAGAUUCUGGACUGUUGAUGCUGAAAAAUGUUUUACGUUGAAUUGGCAUAGCUACGUAAGAAAAUGGAAUUGUAAUUGUAUGAAACUGUAAGUUUUUACGGUCAUUAAUUGAAUACAGUCAAGCAUUUUGAAAAUAAUGCUUUCCAUUCAGGAUGUGGCCCCUGAUGUCUUCUGCUUAAUGCUGCUGGUUGUGAUUGUGCGUUUUUUUUUAUUCAGCGGAGGCUACGGCCCAGCUGAGUUUUGUGCGCUGAGUGUUUCGCAAAGAUAACAAAUAUAACUGCUCAUGCUGUGAUGUGUUAAAAAUGUCAGUGAUCAGCUUAAAAAAGUUGACAUUUAAUGAAAACGAUUGUAAAGCUUGGGAAAAUUAUUUAAGGAGGGUCUUCAGCUAAAUGCAUUAUUUGUUGUAGCUGUACUUGGUUAUUCUAUGGUAAACGUUGCUUCUUUACUUUUUGAAUAAUGAUGUGCGUAGGACUCAAGUCAUUGUUCACGUUUUAUUCUAGUCAUGAGCUUCAGUGCAUAUGUCAGAUUAUGUUGUGAACUAAUUACAAUGUGUAAAACAGGUAAUAAAUUACUGUAUAAUAUAA